AUGGCUGUCGAAAUGCCGUCGGAACGGGCAUCUGCCACCGAGGCUACUUCGCAGAACGCGGCCGAAAUUGACGAAAAAUCAAUACACCAUUCUCUCGAGCUACCCAACCAAACUUCAGAGCCAGAGAAUGUGUCUACUGUCGCAGGGAAUGGCUACCCUGUGGGUAGUAGGCUUGGUGGCAUUAUUGCGGCACUGUGUCUAGCUGUCUUUUGUGUUGGCUUGGACAACGCUAUUAUCUCAACAGCAAUUCCUCGCAUCACGGAUGAAUUCCAUGCCCUUCAGGACAUAGGCUGGUACGGAUCAGCAUAUCUUCUCACCAUAUCGGCUUUCCAGCUUUUCUACGGCAAACUCUACGCUAGUUUCAAUGUCAAGACUGUGUUUCUUGUGGCAUUACUAAUUUUCGAAGUUGGCUCAGCACUUUGUGGAGCCUCUCCCAGUUCUUCUGCACUGAUAGUCGGGCGGGCCAUUGCAGGUUUUGGUGCUGCAGGCCUGUUCUCUGGUAGUUUUGUGAUUAUCGCACAUUCCUGUCCUGUUUACAAACGACCCGCGUACACUGGCAUCGUCGGUGGCACGUACGGCUUGGGCUCAGUUCUUGGUCCUUUAAUUGGAGGUGCAUUUACCUUUAAGGUUACGUGGCGCUGGUGUUUUUACAUAAACCUGCCUCUCGGGGGCAUUAGUGCCAUUAUAAUCAUACUACUAUUGAAGUCUAAAAACUCCUCGGCUCAGAAUGGAGGAAAAUCUGGUCUUCUGGAAGUCAUCUGGUAUCUGGACCCCAUCGGCACGAUCCUUUUCGUACCGAGUAUCAUAUGCCUCCUCCUGGCUCUGAAAUGGGGAGGCACUACAUACAAUUGGGACGACGGACGUAUCAUCGCUCUUUUUGUCGUGUUCGGAAUCCUAUUCGUUACAUUCAUGGGUGUCCAAUACUGGAUGGGAGACAAAGCAACCGUACCCCUUCAUAUUGCAAGCCAGCGAACUAUAGCUGCUAGUUCUGUAUUUGCGAUAUUUAUGGGUGGCGGUUUCAUUAUCAUGACAUACUUCCUGCCGGUGUGGUUUCAGGCGAUCAAAGGGGUAGAUCCCUGGGAGUCUGGUGUUAGGCUCAUUCCACUGGUAUUAAGUAUGACUCUUGGGAUUGCGCUCUCUGGGGGGCUGACCACGAAAUUUGGAUACUACAUGCCCUUCGUCUACGCCAAUGUGGUUCUUACUUCGAUUGGGGCAGGACUUCUCACAACACUUGCUCCUAACAGCGAUCCAGGAAAAUGGAUUGGAUAUCAAAUCAUCUUCGGCUUGGGUUGCGGUUUUGCGAUUCAAGUACCUCAAAUUGCAGCCCCAAUUGUUCUUCCGUUGCAAGAUGUUGCCCAAGGGGUGUCAAUAACUUUCUUUGCGCAGCUGUUUGGAGGAGCUCUUUUUGCUAGCAUAAGUGAUAAUGUGCUCAACAACAAACUUGUCAAGUAUAUUGGGGCUUUAGACAUACCUGCCGAGGAUCCUAAAUCUGUGGUUCAGCUGGGAGCUACACAACUGCGAACAGGGGUACCUCCAGCGUUCGUGCAGCAAACAGUGAGUGCUUACAAUCAUGCUUUGGUCGAUACAUUUCAGAUAGCCUUGAUAAUCGCGUGUGUAAGUGUGCUUGGAGCAGUUGGAAUGGAGUGGAAAAACGUGCACUCGUCAGGAGCUGGCAAUGGCGCGCAGGAGGGAGCAAACACCCAAGUGCCAAAAGAGACGUGA